AUGCUAUUCAAAGCUUUGGCUAUCUCGAUCCUGGCCUUUGCUGGCCAGGCGACCGCUGCGACAUGGUAUUUCCUUCGUUACUAUCCUGCAUCUGGUCAGCAGUUUACGUCCUUCUCGGGCGAUAUGGCCAUUCCAACCCUGCAGCAGGCUGGUACUUACUACCUUUGGCCUGGCCUACAGCCGACUGACGGCAGUGGUGUUUACCAAAACGUCCUGGACGGCAGGUCUGGGACCUGGUGGAUAGGUUCAGGAUGGUGUUGCUCCAACCCCAGUCUCCCCUGGGGAGAUGGUUUCAACACCUAUGGUGGCGAAGUGGUUACUUUUAGCAACACGCUCGGUGAUUCUACCUGGACGUCAACUCUUACUCGCCAGGCCACCGGGGACACUCUGUCAAACGACUUCGCCCUUGCCGACAAGUCUUUCAACCAAGCACUGUUCGCUGUUGAGCUUACUGGUGUCAGCUGGGACUUUGGCCCCUUAGCAUUCUCAAACGUCGUGAUCACAAGCACGGGUGGCACUGAGGCAAGCUGGUGCAAUACCAGCCCGGAGAACUACAACAGCGCGACCGUGUACUCGAUCAGUGGGCUCUCUUCCAGCGUCAGUGGCAACACUGUGACCUGUACCAUAGAUUCCUUGGUCCUGGAGAGCCCAGCAUAG